AGACUUCCGUACCCUGUGCAGCAGCGAACGUGGUCCGUCCUGUCAUCGGGAGGAUGUUACACCCGGUUAACACCGCCUGCGGUCCGACGGAAAGCGGUUUCAUCGGAAAAUGAAGCGCUGGGCGAACGUCUAAAAAUCUAAAAAAAACAAAUUAAAAAAAACAAAAGAAAUCCCGGUGACCAUGAGCGGGACCGUGAGAGGGAUUUCAGAGGACAUGGACCGACAAAUUGUACAGGCUGUGUUCGACGAGGACACAAUGUCCUCCACCUCGGUGGGGAUGUCGGAUUUGUCCGAUGAGAUCCUGCUGUGCAUCCUCCGCCAUGUUCCAGUGUGUGACCUGGUGUGGAACGUGGCGAACGUCUGCCACAAGUUGCACACGCUGUGCCACGAUAAGACCCUGCUCACAAACGUCAGCCUGUCCGAGGAGUAUCUGGCUGACGAUCUAUUGGUUCGGCACAUAUUAAAGCGGUUGGCCAAUCACGUGCAGUCUCUUAGCCUGAAUGGUUGCUACUGGCUGGCUGGCUCUACAAUGGAGUUUCUGGCUCGCUGCAGAGGAGUGACGCACCUCGAUGUCACCGGCUGUCGCCUCACUUCCCUGCGUCUCUCCCGUCUCCUCUCCUCCCUCUCUCUGCUCAGAUCCCUCGCCUUCGAUGUGACGCCCGGCUUCAACUCGGCUCAGCUCAGUUCGGAGGCCGUGGAUUCCCUGAGCCGCCUGUCAGAGCUCAGACAGACACUGUUGACGCCGAGUUAUGGUGUGGUGCCAUGUUGUGCACAACUCCGCAAGCUGAUGCUGCAGUUUGACAUCUCAGAUGUGACCAGAGAGGGUAUCGGUGUCUGCUGUCAGUUGAUGAUGGGUCAGAGCAGUGUGCCGCAUUACCAGCAGCUGGAGGAGUUCACUGCCAGGCUGGCUCCGGGGGAGGUAAACCAGACCUUGCUCCUCCUCUACCUGGCAGUGUUCAGCGUUCAUGUGCCGAAGCGUCUCAGAGUUUUCCUUGUGUCGAUUCCUGGCCCAAACCCGGCGCACUGGCCCGCUGCUCCCUCAUUGGCCCAGAGCUUGGGCCAGCGCGGGGACCUGGAGGCCCUGCAGCUCCCUCGGUCCUGGCUGGAUUCCUUGUCCCUAAAGCGAGCUCUGGAAGGAAACAGUCCGAAGCACCUGAGCUUCAGCCGCUGCCCGGCGCUGUGGCCGCAGGUGUUCCAGUCGCUGCUGGAGGGAGGAGUCAAAGACGCCGCACAGCUGACUAGCCUGAACCUCAGCGGGAUCAACAAGGUCCUGUACUCGGAGUGCAGGAGUGUGGAGGAUCAGCUGGUCCCCGCGACGAUGAGCCGGUUGGCGGUCGGCUGUUCCAACGUGAAACAACUGAACCUGAUGCACACACACUAUCAUCAUGAAAACUCAACUGGGGUGGGCGGGGAGACACACCUGUGUGCCAGCUUGGCCAAACUCGCACACCUGCGCUCUCUCACUCUGCCCGCCUGCGCUCUGUCAGACGGCUUGAACACGCAUCAAAUCACGACGAACGACACGUCUCCCUCUCCGUUGUUCCUGGGGCUGAAGAAGCCUCCACGUCUGGGGAUCCAGAAUUACAAGCCCGACGCAGCGUGCACUCUGUCGGGGGACAGCAUUUCGGGGCUCACUCUGCUCUUAGCCGGAUGCCCUUUUUUAGAGACCUUAGAGCUCAUUGGUCCAGGUUUUGUCUCCGCGCUGCCUCGGCUCGAGCCUUGCACUCGCGCCAGCGUGGAGCCUCGUGGCAUGUGUGCGUGGGCCCGAGGAGUCGGUGACGCACACUUGGCGGCACUUGAGGCUUUGCCUCGAUUGCAUCGUCUGACUCUGGCUGGGCUCCCUGGGGUCCUCAGGGGGACAGGGCUGGUACAGCUGACCAGGCAGUGCAAAGACCUACAGGUAUUGUCCCUUGCCAACAUGGGAUCACUAAAAACCAUGAACUACACCCCUGCCUUGCUGGACACACUUAAACAGUGCACGCAGCUACGGGAACUCAGGUUGGAGCAGCCCUACCUGAAUGCCGGCGCGUCCUUCUUUGAGGCUCUGUCCUGCUGCUCCCGCCUGCAGCGCCUCUGCCUUAUCUCCCGCAGCGGCACCUUCGACCCGUCGGCCGCAGAAACCUUCAUGGAGCGGUGCCGCCACGUCAUCAUGUGCCACAUGUUCAUGGGUGGAACCUUGGUGGCUUGUCGCACUCUGCAGAAAGUUCUGCUGGACAGAUUUUCCACGCAUCGCUCGGCUCUGAGCGUGGUCAUCUAUCCGUUGCAGCAUGAAGACCUGUCCUCCGUCAUCAGAGACAUCCCACUAACACUGCUGGACAGGAUUACGUUGUUCCAGAGCCACGUGGCCCAACCACCACACCUAUCCCCGUUGUGACAUCACCGGAAAGCUUCAGAGGUGCUCACACCCAUUCUAUUCUGCAGGAAAUAAAAGUCACUUGUUGAAACGCUGAUUGUCAUCUGCACAGUGAUUUCUGUGUUAUUUGUUUCACCAACAACAGUUUCGGGCUGCUCGACAACAAUCAUCAUCAUCAUCAUCAUCAACAACAACAACAACAACCAUUUCAUUUAGCUGACAAAGUAAUGAUGGUCUUCAAAAGGUAAUUUGCUGCGAGGGAGUUUAUUGCUCCCGGACAUUUCACAUGUGUUGCGGUUCGGGGGCUCAAAUGAGGCCCUUUCAAUCAUAAAUAAUGCCUGUUACUACACCGAUCUGUUACUUGGAAAAUAAGUGCCAAAUGAAGGGAUGUAUUUGUUCAGAUACUUCUGAAUCAAAUGAUGUUGUAAUAAACUCCAUUGAAGUUAUACAAGUAUUGUCUGUGUACCAUUUUUAGUAUUGUGAUUUGUUUACAUCAACUCAGCAUUAACACAAUUGCCAGUGGACCCAAAUGUGCUAACAUGCGGUGCAUCGCGUUUCAUCCACUGGAAGGGAGCCCCAGAUUGCCCUGCGUCACAUGACACUGUUUAACUGGACCUCUCCUCCAGGUCACACAGCUGGGCGGAGUCUACGACCCACAGCCCGGGGUAGAGCGGCUCUGUGAACGUGGUUUCUUCUCUGUGCAGCAGCUGCAGCGCCGCGUCACAGACGCAGUAGUAGGUCAGACGACCCGCCUUGUGAUCGAGGUACACGCCGACUCUGGAGGACCUGGGCUCCGGCACCGCGGUCUCCUCGUCCUUGUGUCUGAAACACUUUGCGUUCCCGUUUAUGUUUAAACUCCAGGAUUUAUCGUUGCAGCCGAACGCACACUCGGCGUAAUAGUCGGAUCUGCCGAGAUCUUUGUACGCCAUCGCUAUUUCAACGGAGCCUUUGAACUCCACCUCCCAGUAGCAGCGUCCAGACAGACCCUCUUUACACAGCACCUGAUAGAGGUGAGAGAACCGGUCCGGGUGUUCAGGGUACUCCUGGACCAUGUCUGUGAGCUCCACCUUUCUGUUCCCCUCAGACAGAACCAUCUCUCUGUAGGCCGUGUUCGAGUCCAGGGUGAGGCGACGGUAAUCUGGGAGAGGAGAGGAAGACGAACACGCUGAUGAGUCUUUUCAUUUACACACCUGAUACUAAUGUGCAGAACUCUUUAAGCCAGACUGGGAAAAAGGGGAAACGGCUUGUAUACAAUAUAUGUCCAAUUCAUUAUAAAAUUAGUGCAACCGGGGCCAUUUUGGGAUUCUAAGCUCAACUGCAUGUUCAAUACAUAUCCUGAAGAGCAACCGAUUUCCAUGACACGUGUUUGUUAUAAAAAGACUCACAUUUUAAGAA